GGGAGCGGAGCGGGGGAGGGGCCUGCGCGCCCGCCCCGCGCCCUCUGUCCCCGCGCCGGCCUCCGCGCCCUCGCGCGCCGCAGCAUCCCGCGCCGCCAGGCCGCCCACGGCCCCCUCCCCGAGCUCUUGGCCUCCGCCGCCGCCGCCGCCGCCAUUCCUGGCGCGGUGCUCGCCAGGCCGGGCCCCGCCGAGAGCCGCCGCGGGCAGAACGCGCGCUCCAGACUCCACUAGUACCAGGCAGUACUGGGAAGAAGCCGAGUCUCGCUUGCUGAAAUGUUCUGUGACGCUGGUUAUUAGAGCAGAGGUUUCUGAGUACUCCUUUCUAGAAGUGGGAAGUCUCCAGAGGCACGAGAUCCAGCCUUCCUUCCAGAGUCUGCGAGGAAGCGCCGGGCCCUGAUGCCGAGGUGGUGAGAGGCCCUCUGCCUGCCGCCAGCAGGGAGAUGUGGCCUCUUGGGCGCCCCUCUGCCCCCUGGCUCCGGGCCGUGCUGCUGGCCGUGGCCCUGGGGCUCUGAGCAGUGUCCAGUGGACGCCCCCUCCCGCAGCCUCCUGCUGCCCAUGCCCCUUGGCUGCUGAAGGCCCACGGCCCCCAGGAUGCACGCCCCCGCCGGGGGGCUGCUUGCGGCCCUGGCACUGGUGUUUGGGACGGCGGCGGCCUUCGCACCCAUGCCCCGGAUCACCUGGGAGCACAGAGAGGUGGGUCUGGUGCAGUUUCGGGAGCCAGGCAUCUACAACUACUCGGCCCUGCUGAUGAGCGAGGAUGGGGACACCCUGUACGUGGGCGCGCGGGAAGCCGUCUUUGCACUGGAGGCGUCGGACAUCUCCAGGAAGCAGCGGGAGGUGUACUGGAAGGUCUCAGAAGACAAGAAAGCAAAAUGUGCAGAGAAGGGGAAGUCCAAGCAGACAGAAUGUCUCAACUACAUCCGGGUGCUGCAGCCGCUCAGCGCCACCACCCUGUACGUGUGUGGGACCAACGCGUUCCAGCCCACCUGUGACCACCUGGACUUAGCAUCCUUUAAGUUUCUGGGGAAAAACGAAGAUGGCAAAGGAAGGUGUCCCUUUGACCCAGCACACAGCUACACGUCCGUCAUGGUCGAUGGAGAGCUUUAUUCUGGGACGUCGUAUAAUUUUUUGGGAAGUGAGCCCAUCAUCUCCCGAAACUCUUCCCACAGUCCUCUGAGAACCGAGUACGCCAUCCCUUGGCUCAACGAGCCCAGCUUCGUGUUUGCCGACGUGAUCCGGAGGAGCCCCAGCGAGGGCGAGGACGACAGGGUCUACUUCUUCUUCACGGAGGCGUCUGUGGAGUACGAGUUUGUCUUCAAGCUGAUGAUCCCACGCGUCGCGAGGGUGUGCAGGGGGGACCAGGGCGGCCUGAGGACCUUGCAGAAGAAGUGGACCUCCUUCCUGAAGGCCAGGCUGAUCUGCUCCCGGCCGGACAGCGGCCUGGUGUUCAACGUGCUGCAGGACGUGUUCGUGCUGCGGGCCGCGGGCCUGAAGGAGCCCGUGUUCUACGCCCUCUUCACCCCGCAGCUGAACAACGUGGGGCUGUCGGCCGUGUGCGCCUACAACCUGUCCACGGUGGAGGCUGUCUUCUCCCGCGGGAAGUACAUGCAGAGCGCCACGGUGGAGCAGUCCCACACCAAGUGGGUGCGCUACAACGGCCCCGUGCCCAGCCCGCGGCCCGGAGCGUGCAUUGACAGAGAGGCACGGGCCGCCAACUACACCAGCUCUCUGAAUUUACCAGACAAGACGCUGCAGUUCGUCAAGGACCACCCUUUGAUGGACGACUCCGUAUCCCCAAUAGACAACCGACCCAAGUUGAUCAAACAGAAUGUGAACUACACUCAGAUUGUGGUGGACAGGACACAGGCCCUGGAUGGGACCACCUAUGACGUCAUGUUUGUCAGCACAGACCGGGGUGCCCUGCACAAAGCCGUGAGCCUAGAGAGUGAGGUGCACAUCAUUGAGGAGACCCAGCUCUUCCCGGACUCCGAGCCCGUCCAGACUCUGCUACUGUCUUCCAAGAAGGGCAGAAGGUUUGUCUACGCGGGCGCCAACUCGGGCGUGGUCCAGGCUUCCCUGGCCUUCUGUGAAAAGCACAGCAGCUGCGAGGACUGCGUGCUGGCGCGGGACCCCUACUGUGCCUGGAGCCCACCAGCGGCCGCCUGCAUGGCCCUGCACCAGGCCGAGGGCCCCCACAGGGGCUGGAUUCAGGAGAUGAGUGGCGACGCCUCCCUGUGUCCCGAUAAAGUUAAAGAAAGUUACCGGCAGCAUUUUUUCAAGCAUGGUGGCACAGCGGAACUCAGAUGCGCCCUAAAGUCCAACCUGGCCCGGGUGGUGUGGAAGUUCCAGAACAGCGUGUUGAAGGCUGAGAGCCCCAAGUAUGGUCUCAUGGGCAGGAAAAACCUGCUCAUCUUCAACCUGUCAGAAGGAGACAGUGGGGUAUAUCAGUGCCUGUCAGAAGAGAGGGUCAGGAACAAGACAGUCUCCCAGGUGGUGGCCAAGCACGUCCUGGAGGUGAAGGUGGUUCCACGGACCCCAGCCGCUCCCACCUUGCAGACCACCCAGACAGAAGGUAGUAGGAUCUCCCCCAAAGUGUCAGUGGCAUCCACCCCAGGGUCUGCUCCUCCCACCCCAGCUGUCCGGGCCACCUCGCCCGGGGCCGUCACCCCACCUCCCAAGCCUGCACCCACCAGCACAUCCUGUGAGCCAAAGAUUGUCAUCAACACUGUCCCCCAGCUCCACUCGGAGAAGACCAUGUAUCUCAAGUCCAGCGACAACCGCCUCCUCAUGUCCCUCUUCCUCUUCAUCUUUGUCCUCUUCCUCUGCCUCGUUUCCUACAACUGCUACCAGGGCUACCUGCCCGGACAGUGCUUGAAGUUCCGCUCAGCCCUGCUCCUUGGGAAGAAGAAACCCAAGUCAGAAUUUUCCGACCUGGAGCAGAGUGUGAAGGAGACGUUGGUAGAGCCAGGGAGCUUCUCCCAGCAGAACGGAGAGCAGCCCAAGCCAGCCCUGGACACUGGCUACGAGACGGAGCAGGACACCAUCACCAGCAAGGUCCCCACCGACAGGGAGGACUCGCAGAAGAUCGACGAACUCUCUGCCAGGGACAAACCGUUUGACGUCAAGUGUGAGCUGAAGUUCGCUGACUCGGACGCAGACGGAGACUGAGGCCGGCCGUGUCCCCGCUGAUGUCUCGAGUCCCCACGUGGAGAGUCUUGUGUUUAACCCGUUCAGUAGCUGAGUCUUGUCAUCGUGCAGCGAACCUCAGUCCUCUGUUUUCUCUUGGGUUGAGUCUGUGACUUGUUUCUUUGUUCUCUUGGAAAACAACAAGUGUCACGUCCCGGUCUGAGUCCCGCAGUUGCCUGGAGCUUUAAGAUGUCCCUGUGGGCGGCACCGAUUCACCUGAGCCCUGAGUGCCGUGGGAGAGAGAUGGCUGGGCUGGACUGUGUCGGCUGAGCAGAGCGUCCCCUCCGCGUCCCCUCCUUGUAGCAGCCACAAAAGAUAAUUUAAUUCCAGAUUGGAAAUGACGUUUUAGUUUAUCAGAUUGGUAACUUAUCGCCUGUUGUCCAGAUUGGCACGAACCUUUUCUUCCAUUUAUUUUUUAGAAUUUUUGCUUUGAUUGUAUUAAUGUCUUAGGUCUUUUUUUAAAUUACUGAAGCAGAUGUUUUAAUAUUUAGAAGAUGUGCAUCUUCCAGAUUUUGUUAUAUAUUGGGAUAAAAUAUGGCUUACGUUGCUUAAGAUUCUCAGGGAUAGACUUACUUUUGCUAAAUGCAUUCUUUCUGUUUUUAGAAAUGUAGACCUAAAACCAUCACUUGAACACACUUUUUUUUUACUUUAUUCUUUGAGGGAGGCAUUACUUUCAGAGAGAUUGUUUCUGUACCUUUUUUUUUUCCUUCACUCUUGAAGAGGAGGACUGUCCCACAUCCAUGAGGCAGGAUUGAGUGAGGGAAGGUGGCUCGAUGGCUCCUGGCAGUGACCGGGCUGGCCCAUGAGGGAAAGAGCAUUUUACAACCCGAUGCCCAGGGCUGCCGAUCGAGCCCUCCUGUCUGGACGAAUGGCACCUUCACAAGAACGUCUUCGGUUCUCUGAUCACCUCCUGUCUCUUUUUGCCUCCAUCUCACCCCCACUGCCCUGCCCAGGCUUCCCACCGGCCUAACAGAGCUGCCACCCCUGGAACAGAGGCGGGCUGUGAUCCCAGCCACUGGCGCACAUGGCCGCCACUCCAGACCGGCUUCUGCCACUGUGUAAAGAUGUGAAUGGGCGGUACGAUCUCAGCGUUCAUUUCUUACACUCCACCUCCCUGCUUUGUAAAUACCCAUUAAGAAGAGGCUUUUUUUUUUCCAUGGCAAAGAGCAAUAAACUCUGGAUUUGUGUUGUGCCUGUGUGGACAGUCUCAUCUUCCAGCAUGCUAUGAUUUGACCAUUUGGUGUAAACAUUUGUGUUUUAUAAAAUUUACUUUGUUUUUAUUUUUCUACUUUCAACUGUAUACAUUUGGAAAAUAACCGAAUAAAUGAGAAGCUUCUAUCAUUGA